AGAAAAAUAUCAACUAAAAUAAAUAACAACAUUUAAUUAAUAAAAAGUUUAGUUUUCCUAUUAAUUUAUUUACAAGAAAAUAAAAUAAAUAAAUUGUAGAAAUCCAUAAAAAGAGGAAAAACAUUGACAGUUGGUUUUGUUGUUGGCUUUGCACCAUUGUUGUAUGAAAAAAACGGUGUUCAUACAACAUAUGAGAGUGUGUGAGUGAAUGAGAAUGAAAUUGUGUCCAUGAGACAAGGAGCUAAAGCAAACAUUUUAAAGUCGAUUAUAGACACAUUUGGUAGGACUAAAUGCCCUGGAUUUUUUGUAAGACAUUCAAUUAAAUUUAAUUAAAAAGCUAAAUAAUUAAAAAAAACAACAAGUAUGUCAUUUAAUGUGACCACAACGCCAACAGUGGGGCAAACAACAACAGUAAGUGGCGGUUCUGCCACAGCAUCUGGAGGAGGUCGCAGCAAUUAUAAAGAUAUUUAUGAUUUGUUGGAAAAGCUUUGCAAAAGUUUUGUGGGCGCCAAAGACAAUCACAGGGACGUUUUGCGCCACAUUACCCAAUACAUAUCAAACUGUCCAUCGGCUUUGGGCUCUACACUGCCAUAUGAUGAAGCUUCUUUGGUAGCAAAAAUUACCCAACAUCUCAAUACCACCGAAUUGUCAGGCGCUGCAACAUCAUCUUCCGUUUUAACCACAUCCAGUGGAGUAAGUGGUUCACGUCACAAUUCAGCACUAUUUUUGAACUUGCACGAGCAAUUAAAAGCCAGUCAAUUGGAUACACAUCAACGAAGUGCAUUAUUAACAUUUCUCUAUUAUAUGGCUGAUUCGAAAUAUACCACUGCAGAAAACGGUCACAGUCACAGUGCAACAAAUAUGAAAACUACGGGCGUACAAAGACAUCGUUAUAGUAAUCCGAAUGCAUCUUUGCCGCCAAACAGUACUAUGCCUUCAUUCAGAAGUCAUCUUUUGCACAAAUCACAACAACCAUUAGCUGGUACACCUCAAAUAUCUCUAAUGGCACAAGGAAAUGCUUCAAAUAUAUACAAUUCUUCGGAUUUGAAUCAUAAAAUAUCCAUGUUACGUCAGUCUAGCCAAGGUGGUGGUAGUAGAAGUGGUUCUGAAAAUGAUACAAUGCCAACAGCCAGUAUUUUGCCCUCAGCAGCCAGCACUCAUCUUCCUUUGCGUGGUUCAAUAAACUCUGAUAUGAAUAAAAUGCUGGAAGCUCAAAAUAUUCUAAACGAUGACAUUGUACAAAAUGUUAUUUAUGCCUUUACGGGUAUACAGGGGAAAUACUUAAAGAAAGAUGUAGUUUCGGGUAAAUUUAAAUUGGAUGUUAAAGCGAAAACAUUAAAUGUGGUGCAGGCCGGUAUGUUGUUACGUCUGGCCGAAUUGGGUUACUAUCAUGAUUUAGUACAGUCCUACACGGAUACCAAAAGUGGUUUGUGUGCCUUGGGCCUAAUGGGUCAAGGUUUUGUUUCAGCUUUAAAAACCGAGCUUACGAAAUACUACGGUAUGGUGGCCAUGCUGCAGGAACAGCUUAACAAACAACGUCAGGGCGAAACUUACGCCUUGUUCAAUUCACCCUCUCGCCCGGAACGUCUAACUCUAAUGAAAAUUCUGGUUUGGUCUGUUGAUCCCCUACAACGAUUACAACUCUUGGCCUCUAUUGCAGAAGCAUGUCAGGAGAAGAAAGGUGGUGCUUUGGCAUCGACGGUACAUGGUUUUUUGAAUAAUGGUAAUCCCAUGGUUAAAAAUAUUGCCAAAGAGUUACUUUUAGCCAUAUGCGGUCCUCUUUAUCAAAUGCUAACUAAAUGGCUACUGGAAGGUGAAUUAUGUGAUCCUCAUGGCGAAUUCUUUAUUGAGUGCCUUUUUGAGGUGGGACCGGAUCGCUUAUGGCAUGACAAGUAUCGUGUGCGUACAUCUAUGUUGCCGAAUUUUGUAACCACGGAUUUAGCUAAUAAAAUGUUAGUUACCGGUAAAAGUAUUAAUUUUCUAUGUGAAAUUUGUGAAGACAAGCAACCGGUCAAAGGCAGAGAUGAGCUAAGGCAGUGUAUUGAAGAAAAUGCUGAGCAUAUUUUUUCUUCGGUUGCUGAUACAAAACUGCAUUCAACCAUUGAUUCCAUAUAUCUUAACACUUCGAAACGUGUUCUCGAUAUAGUUAUGGGUCCACAUAAACUACUUGAACACUUACAGGCCAUGCGCCGCUAUUUGCUAUUGGGUCAAGGCGAUUUUAUCGGCAUUUUAAUGGAAAACUUAAAAUGCGAAUUGGAUAAACCCGCCAAAGAAUUGUAUUCAUAUGAUUUGUCUUCCAUUAUGGACGCUGCAAUUCGUUCCACAAAUGCCCAAUACGAUGAUCCCGAAAUACUAAAUCACUUAGACGUUAGAUUAAUGUCACCUUGUGAUGGUGACAUUGGUUGGGACAUUUUAUCCCUGCAGUAUACUGUGCGUGGUCCAUUGGCCACCAUGCUAGAGCCAUCGAUGUGUAUAUAUCAGGUGCUCUUUAAACCAUUAUGGCGUAUGAAACAUAUGGAAUUUGUUUUAUCAUCGAAAAUAUGGAAAGAUCAAAAGUGUAAUGCAAAGCCUCUACGAUCAAUGGCCAUUGAAUUGAAUAAAGUGUUGUAUCGUCUACAUUUGUUCACAUCCGAAAUGAUACAUUUUAUACAUCAAAUGCAAUAUUACAUACUGUUCGAAGUUAUAGAAUGUUCAUGGGCCGAAUUGCAGGAAAGAGUCCAGCAAGCUAAAGCAUUGGACGACAUACUAAAUGCUCAUGACGAGUUCUUAAGUACCAUUAAAUGUGGUGCAUUUUUAGAUUCAUCAUCUAAUGAAUUGUGUCACAAUAUGGAAACAGUUUACGAGGGCAUUAUACGCUUGGAAGUGUGGCAAGAUAAAUUUUAUGAAUUAUGUUUCCGUGAGCUGAACGCACGUAAGCAAUAUGAAAAGGAGAUUAAAGAAUCGGAAAAGACAGGUAAAUUUGGUCUUACUGCCGAAAAGAAAUUGGAAAGAGAUCAAGAGCAUAAGAUUUUCGAACAAACCGUAAGCAGUUAUCACAAAUCUUUGGAAAACAUCGGUGGUGACUAUGAGAAAGCAGUUAGAUGUUUUCUAUUGGCCCUCAAUUCAAAUAACGAUCAUAAUUUACAAUUGUUUGGCAUACGUUUGGAUUUCAAUGAGUACUAUAAGAAGAGAGAUCAGCGUUUGGGUGUUCCGCUAACAUUCGAACAUAUGCGCAUGAGCAAUGUUUAUUUCAGUAAUAAUAAAAGUUUAUUAGGCAGCCGCAUUUCGAGCAUAAAUUGACCCCUAGAACUGUUCAAGAACACCAAUAUGCCUUUGAAUUAUCCCGAAAAGCAUGUUCAUGCUCAUCUCUUGCAGCACUCUCAAAUGAAAAAUGUAGCACAACGUAUAAGCACAAAUAACUUUAAUUGCCGCCAUAAUAGCUGUGCCAAUAAUUGUAAGUCUAAGCCUAAGCCGCCUUAUCAAAUCACAAACUCAUCCUUAAACACUUUGAAUACCUGCUUAAAAUGGAAACUUAAUUACUUUUAUGAAGAUAGUUAUGAUAUUGAGAACUUGAAACGUCCGUUGGUUUUAAAUGAUUAUAAUGAUAUGAUUUUACAUACAUGUUGUGAAAUAUUGUAAGGUAAAAAAUAUGAAACAAUUAAAAUUUAAUUCAAAACUCAAUCUUCCGUUAAGUGGUGGAAAAUCAGUUAUGUGAGUGUUUUUUUUAUUUUGAUUCUAUAACUCUUUUAGUGUUUGUCGUUCUUGUAUAACUUAUCUAUUCACUAAUAUGUUCUUCCUAUAUUUUGGCUUCUAAUUAAUUUAUUUAUUUAAAAAACAACGUUUUUAUUUAAACCUCAUUAUGUUUUGGAGUAAAAAUUGCCAAGCAGCUAGUUUUUCUAAUUUAUAUUUUAGGUCAAGUAAUGAUUUUGUAAAACAAAUAUUUCUUUUUUCGUACUAAUUUGUUUAUAGAUUAUUUAAUUGUAUUAUUACAUAAUUAAUAUUUUUGGUAUUUUAAAGCAAUAAAUAUACUAUAUAGUAAACACAAAAUUAAAACAACAUUAAAUAUUGUUAAAUUAAAACAAAACUUGUAAGUAUUUAUUAAAAAUUAAUUGUUAAAAAAAAUAUUUCAAAAUACACUGAGUUAAAAACGCAAUAAAAA